UUGAUUGGUCAGCCAAACUCAGAGGCCCAAUCUCGAACUACAACAUUUGGACCCAACCAUGGGUCCAGCAAAACUCAGAGUUGGGCUUAGCCAUAGACAAUUUGGACCUAUGUAUCUGACAAGCUCAGAUCAAUCCAACAGAAACUUAAAAUUGCCGCGUGUCAAAUCUCAACUAACCAAUCCCUGGUCCUUGAAGGCUGAAGCUGAUCAGAAGAAAAAAAAACAUAAUCAUUAUCCACAUCUGCACAUAGCAUCGUCAGAACCCAACAAAAAUUCCUCAAACAUGGCUCUUCUCUGUCAUUUUAACAAUGUUUCUUUUCCUUCCAAAAGUUUCUCCGUAAAAAAACCACCAAAGUCCCCUCUUCGUUUCAUGAAAUCUCACUCUUUUUUAAACUGUCAUGCUCCCAAGGUUUUUGAGGAAAAGCUUGAAAAGGUUUCUCUUUCUUUAGGAGAAAUGUUUUCUAAGGCUAGCUUGCUUGCUAUUGUUUCUGCUUCUAUUUUCUUGGUAGAUCCUGCACUUGCUUUCAAGGGAGGAGGCCCUUAUGGAGCUGAAGUGACAAGGGGACAAGACUUGACUGGUAAAGAUUUUAGUGGCAAGACUUUGAUCAAACAAGAUUUUAAGACGUCCAUACUACGACAAGCCAAUUUCAAAGGCGCAAAGUUGCUCGGUGCUAGCUUCUUUGAUGCUGAUUUGACAGGGGCUGACCUUUCAGAUGCUGAUCUUAGAGGUGCAGAUUUUUCUUUGGCAAAUGUAACAAAGGCAAAUUUAAGCAAUGCUAACUUGGAUGGUGCGCUUGCUACAGGGAACACGUCGUUCAAAGGAUCAAAUAUAACAGGUGCCGAUUUCACAGAUGUGCCUUUGAGGGACGACCAACGCGAAUAUCUUUGCAAAGUAGCAGACGGGGUGAAUCCAUCUACCGGAAAUGCAACGCGGGACACGUUGCUAUGCAACUAGUACUGCAUUUCUCAAGUAUGAGCUUCUAGUGAAAAAUAGAGCAUUGGCACUGCGGCUGUUUUGAUUUGAGGUGUGUGUGUGUUGCUGUAACAACUGUGUCAUGUAGGAUCAAUCAUAUAAUUUUUGUCUUGCCUCCCUUGUUGAAGAUGCAUACACUUGAUUUGUACAAUAAAGUAAAAAACUCAUCAUGUUCAUCAUGCAUGACCGGCCAUGCAUCAUCAUCAACUCUUAAUAAUCCUAUUAAGAAAACCAGAUUUAAAGUCCAUUUGGUUAGGCGGUGAGAGUCUCUUUCCCUGAAAUAUCGUUUCAACACGAAACAUAAGAUGUAGCCAUGUCGAAACAGAUUUGCAGUCAAGAUCAAUAUGAACUUAACAUGGUGUUGAUCGAUAAGAUAUUACUAGUUUAUGCCUUUGAGAGUUUAACCACCAAGCCAGCUAUAAGAAAGAGACUUGCUUGAGAAAUCUGUGCUUGAUUCUAUGAGAAUAUUUAGUACCUUUUAUGUCUCCAUAAAUUAUUACUCUUCAAAUUAAUAUAAUAAAUCUGUCAGUUUUCAUUUCCAGACCAAAAUUCCUGAAAAAUUCUCACCAAAGGUCUAAUUCAAGAAUAACCAUUGUACAUCAAUCUGAAAAUAUAUAUAGCUCGACCUAUGGACAGGUUUAAUCAUAUCAUACCUAAUUUUAUCGCGUACCAUACAUAUCACUUUCUUUCUCCAUCAGCUAACAUAUUUAUAUUUAAUUUUUUUAUAUACGCCUUCAUUAUUGAUCUAUAUUUAUAAUUUUAACUCAAAUUUUUUAAGUAAUUGAUUUAUAAUCAAGUCAUAAAACUUUGAUAUAUGUUUCCUUCUCGUAACAAGUUGAAGAGUGAAGACAUUUUAGGUAGAACCUAACAGUACAAGACAAUUUGUUUGGAGUUUUUAUUAUGUAAGAAAAGGGCUAAAGUCUUCAAUAGUCAAUGAUUCAGAUUAUUAAGCGCUAUUUGUUAAUUUUGCUUUCUCUCUUACUGUUUGAGCUUUUGGAAUUAUGCAAAAUCUU